AUGACUGCUCCUAACGUUACCUGCUUCUUCGAGAAGGAGACGGCUACCUGCCAGUUCAUUGUCAGCGACCCUGCCACCAAGAAAACAGCCAUCAUCGACUCGGUCCUGGAUUUCGACCCCAUCCAAGCCAUCGUCUCAACCACCUCGGCCGAUAAUCUGCUCCAGCACAUCCAGAGCAAUGGUCUGAUUGUCGAGUGGAUUCUGGAGACACACUGCCACGCGGACCAUUUGACCGCUGCCCAAUAUCUCAAGAAGAAGCUUGAUGGAAAGCCCAAAGUCGCCAUCGGCAAAAACAUCACCGUCGUCCAGGAGACUUUCUCCAAGAUCCUCAACUUCCCCGAGAGCUUCCCCAAAGACGGGCGCCAGUGGGACGUCCUCUUUGAGGAUGGACAGGAGUGGACCCUUGGAAAUCUCAAGUGCAAGAUCAUCCCGACCCGCGGCCACACCCCCGCCGAUAUCUCCUAUCUGAUUGGCAACUCGCUCUUCUGCGGCGAUUCGCUUUUCCUGCCUGAUGUCGGGACAGCUCGAUGCGACUUCCCUGGUGGCAGUACCCAUGACCUCUGGGAGAGCAUCCAGAACCUCUUCAACACCCUGCCCAAAGACACCCCAGUCUACGUUGGCCACGACUACCCUCCCGGCGGUGACGAUGGUCGCUCCAACCACCACUGGGUCUCCACCCUGGGCGAGCAGAUGGAGUUGAACAAGCACGUCAAGGUCGGCACUCAUCCGGACGAGUUCAAGGAAUGGAGAAACAAUCGUGACGCCACGCUCAAGAACCCGCGCCUGCUUUUCCAGUCUCUGCAGGUCAAUCUGCGCGCUGGAAAUCUAUCGGAAAACGCCAAUUGCGAGCAAGUCUUCUUCCAUAUCCCUAUUCGCGUUUCUGGUGGGCUUUGUUCCUGA